AUGCAAAAGAGCGCUCAAGACAACCUCGACAACAGGGACUCUUUGGCGAAAGAGCUACUUUUCCGAAACAGCGUCUUCGACGAAACCAUCGAGGAACUCGAUAGUGUUUUACAAGCUCUACCCCCUGAACAUGCUCCAACCUGGGCCUUGAGGCAAACCAUAUUGGAUCCACCAGAGACGAGUCAGGCUAAAAAGCCAAGUCGCAGCCAGCCUCUCUGCACUGCUAUUCAGAUUGGGCUGGUAAAUAUCUUGCGAAGCUGGGGUGUCCAUGCUACGGCCGUAGUCGGUCAUUCUUCUGGGGAAAUUGCAGCAGCUUAUACUGCCGCGUUACUUGGCAAACACGAAGCGAUCAUAGUAGCCUAUAUACGUGGAUUUACGGCCUCACAGGCACGAGCCUAA